CUCUACACAACAUAUGCGAACAGUCCACUUGGGUGAGAUCAUUAGUGCUGGUGCUUAUGUCAGAAUGACAGAUCUCAUAGAGAGCACUGGGAUCUCCACAUCUUCCACAGGCCGAAGCCAUGAGGGUGCAUUUGAUGUUGUUGACAGCCUGGGCCAUCACUGGCAUUGAUGCCAACACAACAUUAGCAAACACAAUUGUCACAGAGCACGAUACAAGUCAUGUUUCACAUGCAGCUGGCAUUGAUGCCAACACAACGUUAGCAAACACAAUUGUCACAGAGCACAAUACAAGUCAUGUUUCACAUACAGCUGGCACUAAUGCCGACACAACAUUACCAAAAAACAUCGUCACAGAACACCAUACAAGUCAUGUUUCACAUGCAGCUGGCACUAAUGCCGACACAACAUUACCAAAAACCAUUGUCACAGAACACCAUACAAGUCAUGUUUCACAUGCAGAUGGCAUUGAUGCCGACACAGCAUUUACAAAAACCAUCGGCACAGAACACCAUACAAGUCAUGUUAUAGAAGCAGUUGUUACAGACUCUCUCUCAAAACCAACCAUGAAAUACAUCCCACUUGGCAAGAAUGAAAUGCAUAUAACUUGUUUCUCUAAGUCCAGAGUUCUACCCAUCCGGUAUCAGCUCUUCCUACAUGAGCGUCUCCUACAGGAGAAGAUUGUUUAUAAAUCAGUACCUGCAAACUUCACCAUGCGAAUGACCCCAGGAACUAAAGUUUAUCUAAUCUGCACUGCAAUAAGCCCAAGUGGUGAAAAGUCAAGUAACGAAGUGACGCUACGUGUAGAUGAUUCUGCAGUCCCAGAAAAAGAUUCUGAGCCGGAUCAAAAAGAUCAUGAUAGUGGACAUGAGCAUCUCAUCUCUCCUCAAUAUAUCCUGACAUCAGUGACCCGAGAAGCUCGAGAAUGGAACAACUUGGUGCUAAUCAUCUGUGGUCCCCUUCUCCUUGUAAUCUUGGUCAUUGUCAUUGCUGUUUCAUAUUCACGAAGCCAAAAGGAACAACUUAUACAAGUCUGAAUCCAUAUUGAUUGGCAGCAGGAUCUUUUGAAAACCUCCUAGUUACUAUUUUGUUGGGACUGAAGAUACACAUAUCUCAAGAACUUACAGAUCCACAAGGAAAAUAACUGCAGAGACACCUCCUCAACACGAAAGUCAUUUUUAAUGCCAUUGCUGCCCAGACAAAACCUCAAGAUUUGGGUUGACACUAAAUGGGCAACCACAUCAAUACCAUAGAUAACUUUUUUUCAACUCCUAGUUGGACAUGUGGGUUAAAUGAAACUUCCAACCACAGGGUUGACUUUUGCUUAAAGAGUAACUAAACAUUUGAAUAUAUUUUUGUUAACA